AUGUCUUCCAUCAAAUCCAGACAAGGAGUUGACAACUCCAAGCUCGAUGACGACGUUGCGGAAUUUCACGUCGAGCAAGCUUUCAAUGCAUCGGAAGUCAAGAUCGAAGCAGGGCUUUCCUCGGGAUACGAGUCCCUUAGCUUGUGGCAAACCGUCAAGGUUUUCAAAGUUUCUACGGCAUAUUGUUUCGCAGCGGCUUUUAGUGCUGCCACUGAUGGAUAUCAGAUCGGGAUCAACGGCAGUAUCAUUGCCAAUAAGGGCUUUGUUCAUCAAUUUGCGACUGCGACCAACACCGACGGAGACGAAUACCUGACUGCUCCUAUUCUGGCCGGCUGGAGUUCAAUCAUGUCUGUCGGUCAGAUUAUCGGCAUGUUGACAAUUCCCUUCUUGUCCGACAGAUACGGCCGUAAGACUGCAAUGUGGACUUAUUGGACUAUCCUUGUCAGCAGUGUCUUGUGCGAGACUCUAGCCAGAACCUGGCCAGUUUGGUUAGUCGCUAAGCUCCUUGCGGGGGUCGGAGUUGGCUGUCUUCAGUCGACUUUGCCUGUCUAUAUCUCUGAGUGUGCCCCCACUCGUAUCCGCGGAGGCCUUCUUAUGUGCUACAGUCUCUGGUGGACUAUUGGAUCCUUCUUCGCCUACAUAGCCCUCCAGCUGCUGAACCGAAAGAAUCCCAACAUUUGGCUCACACCUAUUUAUACCCAGUGGGCUCAGAUUGGUAUCAUGUGUAUCAUCUACGUCUUCCUUCCAGAGUCACCCGCUUGGUGCGUCAGUCGUGGUCGCGCAGAUCGUGCUAAGAAGCAGCUGCUGAGGCUCAACCGCGGUGUCGUCGACUAUGAUGAAGAGCAUCAAUACCGGAUCAUCGUGCAGACCUUUGAGCAUGAAAGGGAGGUCGCAGCUGAGCAAAAGAAGGAGCACUGGUACGCCAUCUUUCGCGGAAUUGAUGGCUUUCGGACUGUCAUCUCUCUGUGGCCGAACCUGACGCAGCAAUUCAUUGGCCUCACCCUUUUUGCGACCUUCGGAACCUACUUUUUCCAACAAGCCGGCCUGGCCGACCCUUUCACGAUUAAAUGCAUCACAUCUUCCAUCAAUAUUACCACGCUAUUGAUCGUCGUUUUGGUGGCCGACAAAAUUGGUCGUCGACGUAUUUCAUGCUACGCCACGACGCUUUCAUGGACAGCUUGUGUAGUCAUUGGAAUUCUUGGUCUAAUCCCCAGGACAACGGCGACUUCAAACAUCUUUGUUCUGUUUGUAUGCCUCUGGAAUGUUGGAAUGAUCUCUAACGGUGCUGCUGGUUGGGGUUUCAUAGCUGAGAUCUCUUCUCUGCGUCUUCGACCUUAUACAGCUGGCUUUGGCGCUGCGUGCACUUGUGUUGCUGGAGUCGUCAUGAAUGUUCUAACUCCAUACAUGGUCAACGCCAACAAGUGGAACUGGGGUUUCAAGACUGGCUGGUUUUACGCUGGUGUCGGACUUCCCUUCCUUAUCGGCACAUGGCUUCUGCUUCCCGAUACAUCCGGACGAACUGCAGCUCAGGUCGAUGAACUCUUUGAGAGGAAGAUUAAGCCUUGGAGGUUCAGCAAGACCAAAACCACAGCCUGA